AUGCCCGCGGGAGGCUCAGAGGACCGAGGGCCGCGGUCCGCGGCGGGCCCGAAUCAGACACCUCCGGGGUCACGUAUCCCUGAGCCACAAAUGGGAGUGGGCAGGGGGGGCGCCGACAGGGGGCGGGCCUGGAGAGGCCCAGGCCGGGAGGGCGACGAGACCUCCGCGCCCCUCACCCCAAACCCAAGCCCAGGCAUGCACACCCGACCGGCCGCUCGGGGUCCCGGAAACACUCCGGACCCCCGUGCCGGGCCAGGUUUGCUGGCCAGGGUUGCCGGUGUGAGGGACGGGGCGGUUUCGGCCGGGCUGUGGCCGGCGCGCCCCGUGGAAAGGUGGGGCCGGCUGGCUCGACACGGCACAUCAGGGCGAAAAGGAGGUGCAGCGCAGGGUUUUCAAAGGACCCUGGCGACAGCCGCCUCCAUCUAA